AUGGCUGACAGGAAAAAACCAUCUGGAGCUCAGUUCCGCAAACGAAAGGCAGAAAGAGCCAAGGAAGACACCAAGCAAGAGGUGUUCUUCCGGAAAUACCUUUGUAAAACAAGUACAGAACAAAAAGAUGACAGUACCAUUGGUGAAACUACCACUGAGGAAACUCCUAGUACAAGUGGUAUUGGUCUUACUACAAGUGGUAUUACUUCUGAGGACAAAGUCUCACAAUCUGGAGAUAUUCCAGUGGAACACACAGAGGAAACCGAGGAUUUUGAGGAAACUGAGAGUACUGCAAUUACUACAAAACAUGUUGGUAUUGUGCCUAGCUUGGAUUACAGUGACCCUGCUAACUGGCCUAACUAUUGCAUUGAAAAUUUGCGACAGCUUAUUGUUCAGCAUGGCCCACGGCAGAUUGUAUCAUAUAAAUUUCCAAAAGACUCCCAAAAAAGAAAAUUCUCUCCUGUCUAUUACAAGAGGAAACGGGCAAAUGGUGAAGAAAUGUGCCGUCAUUGGCUGAUAUAUUCUACCUCAAAAGAUGUGGUUUUUUGUUUUUGCUGUAGGCUGUUCAGCAAAAGAGAUGGUGGAGCAACAGCUUUACAAGACCCAGGUUCAAAAGACUGGAAGAACAUUGGAGCAAUUCUGUCGGCACAUGAGAGGAGUACUCUCCAUCUAUACAGUUACCAGGCGUGGAGAGAACUUGAAUUGCGCUUACAGAAAGGAAAAACAAUUGAUAAUAUCAACCAACAGAAAAUAAGGGAAGAAGAGCAAUAUUGGCGACAAGUCUUGGAACGCUUGAUUGCUGCGGUCAGAUUUCUUGGCAUGCAAAACAUGGCAUUUCAUGGUACAACUGAAAAGUUGUACAGUGAGAACAAUGGAAAUUUCUUGAAGCUUGUUGAAUUUUUGGCUCUUUUUGACCCUGUCAUGACUGAACAUGUGCGCAGAGUUAAAGAUGAAGAAACUAUGGUUCACUACUUAGGAAAAGAGAUCCAAAAUGAGCUUAUAGAGCUUCUAGCAACUUCCAUAAAACAGAACAUUUUAGCACGUAUAAACUCUGCCAAAUACUACUCAGUUAUUUUGGACUGUACACCUGAUGUUAGUCAUACUGAACAAAUGACUAUGAUUGUACGUUUUGUCGAUGUCAUCAUGCCAUCAGAUACUGAAACAUCUGAGCCUGAGGUUACAAUAAAAGAACAUUUCUUGGGAUUUGUUCCUCUAAAGAAGACUACUUGUGCCUUUAUGGCAGAAACUCUUCUUUGGCUGCUUGAGCAAAUGGGAUUACCACUUGAGAAUCUGCGUGGUCAAGGUUAUGAUAAUGGGAGUAACAUGAGAGGUAAAGAACAUGGAGUACAAAAGAGAGUUCUUGAUAUAAAUCCACGUGCCUUUUUCGUGCCCUGCAGUGCGCACUCUCUCAAUUUGGUUGUCAAUGAUGCUGCUAAGAGUUGCCGGGAAGCAACAGGCUUCUUCAUGAUCACUCCUAAUCAGGCCAAGAGUUCCUGGGUGCCAGUAGUAGAAGGACAUUAUGAGGCUGAGGUUAGCAUGGGAAUCCAUGUCUCUGGGGCCAGGGAUCCAACCGGCCAAGUCCAGUUCCUGAUGAAAGGGGACUGGGAGAAGCCCACUGAGCACCUUGUCCACGCUAUGUUCUGGAAGGAAAUGGGCACGGUCAUGGAGGUGCCAGCUGUUACCAAGAACCUGUUUGUGGACUUAGCAGAGCGAGUAGCCCUAAGCUUGAGUGUGACCAACUGCUACGUCUGUGCAGACACCAAGAUCAAUGACCAAGGGAAGGCCAUAGAGGAGAUCACGGAUCGCAUGCGCAAACUAGCACAUGUUCCAGCUUAG